UUCCAUUCGACCUCGCAGCCCCGCGCCGUCCUCGUCGCGUUGCUGACGCCCGAGGGGCUGCUCGUCCUUAGCCGCAUUCUAGAGCCUUCCGCUGCUUCCGUUACUGCCCGCGGAGGGCUACAAAGGAAGGAGGUGCGCGUUCCCAACCCCAAACCCAAAUCUCUCCGUGGGUUAUUGGGGCGGUGGAAUUUUCGGCGUCCGCGCAGGGGGUGGGGAUCCGUGUCCGGUGCGUGCGAGUGGCGGCGGCUGUUGAGAUCUGUGCGCGCGUCGCCGGAACCGGUGGAGGAGAGUGGGUUGAUCGAGAGUGCGCGAUUAUGGCGUCGCUGGCGUCGCUCGUGGCCGGGGUGGUGGCCCUCGCGGUCGUGACGCUGGCCACGGUGGUGCGCCACAGGGGCCGCCGCGCGGCCGCGCGGAGGGAGGAGGACGUGCGCUGGCUAGCCAGCAUCGCUGCGAGGGAGUUCGAGAUCGCGGAGUGGCAGGCGUACUACUAUAGUGCUCAUCACGGCGCGUCCGGGCGCGCGGACGACGUCGCGGAGGCACCGUGGUACUGGACAGCGCCGGAGGUGGCUUCGCCGUGGAUCGAACAGGAGCAGCAGGCGGUGGCGGAACCUAUGAUACCGGCAGCGGCGGAACCCAUGACACCGGCAGCGGCGGAACCUAUGACACCGGAAGCGGCGGGGAAGGCCUGGGGAUUGUGCGCGAGGUGCCGCAGGAUGACUACGCGCCGGUGCGCUAGGUGCAAGAUCGUCAAGUACUGUAGCAUGAAAUGUCAGGUUUCACACUGGAGAAGAGUGCACAAAUUUGAGUGCCAUGUACCAAGUAUUGAUGCUAAGAAAGACAGUACAAGUGCAACGGAAGGAGUUGAAUGCAAUAGUUCAUAUGAACAAAGUGUGGUGGCUGGAGUAGAACCAGCGGUUAAAAUCAGCAAUUCAGUUGCUACAAUGCCUGAACUUUCUAAGGAAAACUGCGAUGCAAAGCUCUUAGGUAAUGAAAGUAAGGAGAUGCCCUUUCAGGAGGCAUCCAAUACCGCAGAGUCUCCUCAGGUUACAGGACUGACAGAAUCUGCUGAUGUUCUUAGUUUCCCAACUUCUGGUAAAGAUUGCAAAGUCCAGGGUGCUUCUGUUAGUGAGAAUGGCUCCCAGUCUCAGAUUCCAGCAGACAACUCUAGUUCUCAAGCUCAUUGCUCUGCUGGGUUCGAAUCUGAACUGGAGCAAUCUAGCAAACAAGCUCCUUGCAUAGACAACAUUAAAAGCUCAAGAAGUUUGCCACCCAUGUCAACUACUGACAAAGUUCCUUCGACGUGUGCUGGUGCAAACUUUCCAGUGCGUAACCCAUCUAAAAAGACAGAUAGUCUUCCUGCAAUGUCUGUUGGAUCAGAGAACGAAGUUGUUGUGCCAAAUAAUUUGUCAACGGAUUUGAUCAGGCAACAAACUGCUCCAAAAAUUUUGAGUCACUCUCCAUCAGAAUCGACACUUUUUCCGUAUGAACUUUUCACCAAGCUCUACAACUUUGACAAAGUGGAGUUACGUCCUUUUGGCCUAUGCAACCUUGGGAAUAGUUGCUAUGUAAAUGCAGUUCUUCAGUGCUUAGCAUUUACCCGCCCACUUACAGCAUACCUUUUCGAAGGACUUCAUUCAAAAAAAUGUUCCAAAAAGGAAUGGUGCUUCUUGUGCGAAUUUGAAAAACUCAUUGUGGAGGGCAAGGCUGGAAAAUCUCCAUUAUCACCUACUGGAAUACUCUCUCAUUUGCAUGACAUUGGAAGUAGCUUUGGCCUGGGCAAAGAAGAAGAUGCCCAUGAGUUUCUCAGGUAUGCAAUUGACACUAUCCAAAGAGCUAGCAUGAAGGAAGCCGAGAAGAAUGGUGUUGGCAAGUUAGCUGAAGAAACUACACUGAUGCAAUUAAUGUUCGGGGGCUUUGUACGAUCACAGAUAAAAUGCACAAAGUGUCAGGUCAGUUCGGGACAGUGUGAACGUAUUCUUGAUCUUACUGUUGAAAUAGAUGGGGAUAUCAGCACCCUUGAAGAAGCACUUCAUCAGUUUACAUCUACAGAAGUUUUAGAUGGAGAUAAUAAAUACCAUUGUAGCAGAUGCAAUUCAUAUGAGCGUGCCAAAAAGAAGUUGACAAUAUAUGAAGCACCAAAUAUCCUGACUAUUGCAUUGAAAAGAUAUCAGACAGGUUCGUCUGGCAAGAUCAAUAAGGCGAUCAGUUUCCCGGAAUGCUUGAAUUUGUCUAGUUACAUGAGUACAACAAAUGACUAUUCCCCUGUGUACAGGCUCUAUGCUGUGGUUGUCCAUCAUGAUGUUCAGAAUGCAGCCUUUUCUGGUCAUUAUGUAUGUUAUGUCAAGGAUUCACACGAGAAGUGGCAUGAGAUGGAUGAUCGCCAGUAUUGUCUUUAGGUGAAAUCUGUUUCCCUGGAAAAGGUCCUGACGAAGUGUGCAUAUAUGUUGUUUUAUGCAAGGUGCUCACCACGCACUCCAAGAUCUUUAAGGAAAGUGAUAAUUGCUCAAAACCCAUCACGCACGA